UCACACCUUCCCUCCCUAAUGGCGGCUCUUCUCGGAAACAUGCAAGUGACCAUGGAGAUUCUAUCUUGGCUUCCGCCCGAGACUCUGCUCCGUUUCAAGUCUGUUCACAAAUCCUGGUAUGCUCUAAUCGACGAUCCUAAAUUCAUAUUAAAGCAUUUUUCGAAUUCUCUUCGACACAAUCACAUAUUUCUGAAGCGUAAUAUGGAGAUAGCCUCUAAUAAAGAUAAAGCAACUAGAGAGUUUCGUAAACUUCCGCCGUCCAUUUUUCCCGUUUGUACCAUCACUGAUGCCUCUCCCCGUCCUAUUCGUUACGAGUUGAUAAUGCAUGCCGUCGGAUUUGGGUAUGAUGCAAAUUCCAGGGAUUUUAAAGUGGUUAGAAUUGUGGAUAUUGUUGGACUCCGUCGUGGAUAUCCGGUUCGAAAAGCAGAAAUUUACGAUUUGAGCAAAGACAGAUGGAGAGAAAUUGAACCCCCUGUUCGUUACAGCGAGGUAAGUUCAAUGGCUUCAUUUGAUAUGUUCCACGAAGGAACAUAUUACUGGUGGUCAUCGGAAGAAGAUGAGGAGUUUAUACAGUCAUUCAACAUGAGUGAUGAGGUUUUUGGCGAAAUUCCAUUACCAGAGAGUUUGAAUAUGGAUAAGGUGGGUGAAAUUCCGUUACAAGAGAGUUUGAAUAUGGAUGAGGGGGAGGAGGAGGAGGAGGAGGAGUGGCCGGAGGGGCCGGAGGGGCCGAGGAAGAUGUGGAGCAUGGGAAUUUUAAAUGGAUCGAUAGUUGUGCUUGAUUAUCUAUGGGGAGGAAUUGAUGAGAAAAGCUUCAAUGUUUGGGAGAUGAAAAAAGAGGAAUCAGGGGUUUGGUGGUCAAAAUUGUUUACGAUUGGUCCUAUUGGUGGAAUUGAAAAUCCAUUGUUGUUUGUAAGUUCAGAUGAACUUCUAAUGGAGUCCAACAAAGGGCAUGCCAUUUUGUACAACAUUAAAACUCAGCAUAUCAAAGAGCUUCCAAUAAAAGGAGAUGAAAACACCUUUGAAGCAACUUUUUUCGUGAAGAGUUUGUUCUCGGUCAAAGGAGGAAAUAAUAGUACAGUUUGUUCUCCGUCAAAGGAGGAAAUAAUAGUAUGAGGAGUGGAUGAAUUUUAAGUCUGUUUUAAGUUUGUUCUAGAACAUGAAUUUUAAGUUUGUUUUAGGUAGGUGAAUUUUACUAUGAACCGUGAAUUCCGUGAAUUUUAAGUUUGUUCUCUGAAUUCCGUGAA